GAGCAUGAACAACCUCAGCCUUCUUCCUGCCCACGCCCUGACUCAUCUCCACUUCCUCCAGGAGCUUCGACUGGCAGGAAUCAGCUUAACAGAGAUCCCUGAAGGAACAUUCUCUGAACUUGUCAAUCUCAAAGUACUAAUGCUACAGAACAAUAAUCUUAAAGUGGUUCCUGUCGAGGCCCUGGAGAACCUCAGGAACCUCCAGUCUCUACGUUUAGAUGCCAACCACAUCGCCAGUGUCCCCACCAGGUCCUUCAAGGGCCUGACGUCCCUGCGCCAUCUGUGGCUCAAUGACAAUGCCCUCACAGAUGUGCCCACCCCUGCGCUAACCAGGGUGCCAGGGCUGCAGGCGAUGACCCUGGCUCUCAACCACAUCACCCACAUCCCUGACAGCGCCCUGGCAACCCUCAGCAGACUGGUGGUCCUGCAUCUACAGAACAACCAGAUCCUUUCACUGGGCGAACGAUGCUUCACUGGACUGCAACACCUGGAGACCCUAGAUCUGAGCUACAACCACAUACACAUGUUUCCUCCAGCCAUCAGAACCCUCCAGAACCUGAGAGAACUGACGUUUCAUAGCAACAGAAUCACAUCCAUUCCAGAGCACGCCUUUGGAGGAAACCCGGCCCUGAGAUCCCUAUACUUCCACAACAACCCCGUCCGGUCCAUCGGCAGGUCAGCCUUCCGGAACCUCUCAGAGCUGCGCACACUUGAUCUCUCCCACAACCGGAUCCAGAACCUUCCCAGCUUCUGUGGCUGUAGGAAGAUCCACACCAUUGACCUGCAUCACAACCGCAUCUUCGGACUACUGGCAGACACGUUCUGUGAGAUGUCGGAACUCAGAUCCCUGGCUGGCCGGAGGGGUGUGUUUGAUCUGUGUGAGAAGGCCAACAGCCGACACCUUCAGGAGACAGGCAGAGUGAACGACAGACAACCAGAUCUUUCUGUGGGGUUCAGAGGAGAAGCACACCCCCUGCAUGCUGCUCUCUGCUGCCCUGGUCCUGACGUGUCCUGUCUGACCCACAGUGUGUUUGGGAGCUCUCUCCAGCGAGGCGCAGCGUGGAUCUUCAUCAUCCUCUCCCUCGCCUGCAACUCCCUGGUUCUGGUGUCUCUCGGCUUCCCGUCCGCUCCCUCAUGUCCCUCCCAGCACUUACUGGGAGUCCUGGCCUGGGUGCAUCUCCUCUCCAGCGCCGCCCUAGCUGUGGUAGAUAGUAUGACCGUGGGCGGUCAAUGGUGGAAGGAAGGGACAAGCUGUGAAGUGAUGGAUUUUGUGUUGACCUUCUCCUCGGAAGCCUGCGUGUUCCUGCUCACUGCUCUGGUAGCAGAGCGAGGCCACGCCGCUCAGAGUGCAGCCGUGCUUGGACGGACCAGGAAGAGUCCGUUAUGGUCCAGGGCUGUCCGAGCGGUCUCUGCCUCAUGUUGCACCCUAGCGGGGGCUGUCGCCUCCUGGCCCCUCCUGGGCACGGCUCUGCCUCCCCCCGGACACCCCUCCAGCUCAGGCUUCUCCUCAGCCCUGGUCCUGCUCAACUCCCUCUGCUUCCUGGUCAUGGCGCUCAUCCACGCCCGCCUCUGCCGCCGCCCGGAGACGCUCGCUCCGCAGACAGGCCACGCCCACCGACGCUGCACUACCAACAUGGUGGCUUGUCUCCUCCUCACCAACGGUCUGCUCUUCCUCCCUGUGUCCCUAGCCCCCUUCAUCUCCUCUCUCAGACCCUCUCUCCUCUCCAGCCCAGAGGUUGCCAGGUUUGGAAAGGUGCUCUCCCUGCUGCCUGCCUGUGUCAACCCCUUCCUGUACAUGCUCCUCAGUCCCUGGUUUCAAGAGGAAGUGGAGAGGCGUCUGUGCUGGAGAUCGACCAGGAGGAAGAGAGCCUGCCACUCCAGCAGGGGGUGCGUGGACCUGGAGGCAGGUGACCCUGAUCAAACUCCCGUCUCCUGAUCCUAAAGGGAGAGAGGCAGCGACUCCACCAGGAAAAACAUCACUUCCGAGUCAGGCGUUAAAGGAGAGGUUCUAGGAUCAACUUACCUGGCUCUUCCGAGGACAUCAAACUAUGAACUUCUGUUAGCAUCUUGUUUCUUGUUCACAGAGCUGCUUAGGGGCACUCAGAAG